UUUACUCUUUGCGUGUGUGAGAAAAGAAAGGAGGGUUAGCCGUGGGCGAAGUAUCGCAGGAUUAAAAAGGAGGGCACUGGCUCUUUUUUGUUGUUGUUGUUAUCGUUCGUACACUUUGCCCGUUUCCGCCUUCUUAACCUGGCGAAGGGUUGAACGGUUAAAAUGGAGGCGGACAGAUCCGGUGGAGUCCCAAACCCGAACUUCGGAGGAGGUAGCGGUGGAGCGGGGCGCAACCCAAACGGGCCCAAAGCAUCACCGGGCCAGUCAGCACCAGUAGCCGCUACUGGAGCCAUGGCGGCGGCGGUCGGGGCCAUGCCCGGGUCGUCACACCUCCGCGAAACACAGCAGGACGGUGAUUCGGGAAUGACCCUUCCCGGGAUCCUGCACUUCAUCCAGUACGAGUGGGGACGCUUUCAGGCCGAGAAAUACCGCUGGGAGGCGGAGAGAGACGAACUAAGGGCUCAGGUAGCGUUCCUUCAAGGUGAGCGUAAAGGACAGGAGAAUAUGAAACAGGACCUAGUAAGACGGAUUAAAAUGUUGGAAUACGCCCUCAAACAAGAAAGGGCCAAACAUCAGAAGCUGAAGACAGGAAACGACCUGAGUCCUGGCGACAAGAAACCAGAGGUUGAAACUGAGCCAAUUUCCAAUGGCCCAGCUGAGUCAGAUUCCGAGCCAGCCAAUCAGAUGUCAUGGAAAGAGGGGCGUCAGCUAUUACGCAAGUAUCUUGAGGAAGUCGGCUACUCGGACACCAUACUAGACAUGCGUUCAAAGCGAGUGCGGUCCCUGCUCGGACGAAGCAGUCCUGAGGCCAAUGGGCCUCCACUGCCCGAACCCUCCCCAGAGCCUGAGACCCGGGCGGGUGGAGAUUCUUUGUUGGUCAGACAGAUAGAAGAGCAAAUUAAGAGAAACGCAGGCAAAGAAAGCUCAAAGGAACGUCUUGGCGGCUCGGUGCUCGAUAAGAUUCCCUUCCUGCACGGAUGCGAGGACGAUGAUGAAGACAGCGACGAGGAAGAUGACUUCCAAGGCAUGGCAACAGACUGCAUCGACGGCCCUCGCAAGAGCAAAAAGUCUCGAGUAAAGAUGGGUUCAGAGCCCAUGACUACAGACCUGGACCCGGACGAUGAGGAGGAUGAGGACGACUCAGAAGACGCCCUCAGUGAAUUUGACUUUCUAGGCUCCGGGGAGGAUGGGGAGGGGGCGGGAGAGGCCAGGAUCUCUGGGGACGGACGGGAGUUAGAGAACCGCAGGAACAAGUUACAAGGCAUGAUGUCGGACUUUCCCUCAAAACCUGCUCCGCCUCCAUCCGUAUCUGGACAAGCUCGCUCUGGAGAAGGUGGCGUCUUGGGUUUCUCCUCUGAUGUCUUCAUCAUGGAUGCAGUCGGAGGCGGUGACAUGAACUUGGGUGAACUGGCUGAUCUCACUGUUGCCAAUGACAACGAUCUCUCCAUGGAUAUGCAGGAUAACAGAGACGAGUUCAAGAAGACGUGGAACCCCCGUUUCACACUACGUAGCCACUUUGAUGCCAUCCGUGCUUUGACCUUUCACCCCAGCCAAGCAGUGCUGCUCACAGCCUCUGAGGAUGGAACACUAAAACUAUGGAACCUCAAUAAGGCCAUGCAUUCCAAGAAGAAUGCUGCCUUAGAUGUUGAGCCCAUCUACACAUUUAGAGCGCACAGUGGUGCCGUUUUGUCACUGACUAUGGGAGAAGACGGCGAAUCUUGCUACAGCGGAGGGCUGGAUGGAAUUGUGCGGUGUUGGAAAAUGCCAGACCUCAACGUGGAUCCUUAUGACAACUACGAUCCUGGCAUCGAGAGCAGUGUGCUGGCAGGUCAUGAGGAUAGUGUGUGGGGUCUCACAUACUCUGCAGUCCACCAUAAGCUGGCCUCAUGCUCAGCGGAUGGCACCAUUCGCAUCUGGGACCCGCAGAACUCUGCCCCCUGCCUGUCUGUCUUCAACAAGGAGAGAGAACACGGGACUCCCACCUCGGUAGCUUUCGUGGCUUCUGACCCCAACCAGGUGGUGGUGUCAUUUGACGCGGGUGAAACUCUCCUCUAUGACCUUAACAGUGAGCAGAGCAUCACGGCACUAGAGACGCAGACCAAGGAUGGAAGUGAACUAAUAAAUCGUGUGGUCAGUCACCCAUCUGAGCCCCUCUCAAUCACUGCACACGAGAACCGAACCAUCCGCUUCCUUGACAACAAGACCGGUAAAGUGGUCCACUCCAUGGUGGCCCACCUGGAUGCAGUUACAUCUCUCACUACAGAUCCUAAAGGCACUUACCUCAUCUCUGGCAGCCACGACUGCUCAGUGCGCCUGUGGAUGCUUGACAACAGGACCUGCGUGCAGGAGAUCACAGCUCACAGGAAAAAACACGACGAGGCCAUUCAUGACGUGGCCUUCCACCAUUCACAGCCCUUCAUCGCCAGCGCUGGCGCCGAUGCACUUGCCAAGAUCUUUGUCUGAUAGCUCUGAGGUCCGAUCUGACACCGUUGACUGUGCUGAAAGAGACUACAGUGGACACAGUUUCCCCUUCGUAUACACACACACACACACGGACACACACAUUCUGUUGUCCUGCACCCCACUGGCUGGGUUUUGUCACAGGACAACACCUACCCUCACUUCACUGUUUUCUGCCUCAAUGACUCGUCGUUUCACGAACCACACUGCUUAGUUUUUUUUAUUCUAGAAGCUCGAGGUGCAGCAUCUGGUAGAGAUCCCGCUUUUUUCUACACUACAAUAUGCUUUUCUGAUUUUUCCUUUUUUUUUUAAUUCCGAGUUGACCGAUGGUUGUAUCCAAGCAGCAUGUGCACUUAUGCUCUCUGACUUUACUGCUCGUAUUUUGAGGACCACCAAGUAAACUCGUGCAUGGUGCACAAAUGCAAAGCAUUAAUAUUGUGCGGCUGACGAGGAUGUAAGUGUUACCAAAUCGUGGAAUCAAUGUAUGUAUGUCACAUUCCAAAGACUUGAGGAGGAGUUUGUCUUUUUGUCUUUUUUUUUUUUAAUUCAUGGUCUUAGAAUGUUCAAUAUGGCAGUGUUUUAACUUUAUAGCUUUAAUUUCAACUUGGCCAUGACCCACUUUUACUGUACAAAUAUCAUAGAAUGUUCAUCCCCAAGAAUUUCUCCACAUUUGAGGCUGAUGCCAUUUUAAAUCAGUAGUGUGAGAACACAGUUACAGGUUGAGGGAGUGCAGUGUGUGAGGCCAGUGUCCAAGUUCCCAGCAAACUAUGUGGUUUGCUGCUUUUUUUACUGUACAGAGGUGUGUGUGCGUGUGCACGUGAGUGCGUGUGUGCACUAGUCAAAUGGUGCUAUGAAAGCCUGCAUUAGUUCAGGGACAUUUGCUGAGUGUGACUUGCAGUGUUGACAUUACUUUUGAAUCAUUUCAUUUACUUGUCCUUCAUUUCACGUUGACUUCUAAAUUCCUCAUCUGGUGUGUGUUUGUUUGUGUGUGUGUGUGUGUGUGUGUGUGUGUGUUAGAGAGGGAGCUCAUUUCUUUAUAUUCGUUCUUGUUCCUUUCAUUAUUAUCACUUGUACUUCUGCAUUCAAACAUCAGUACAUCAUCCUGGUGGGGUUCCCACUUGUUCUAUGGCGUGCAAAAGUUGCACUGUAAUACCUUAGUCCCCUAGAGAUUCGUGGCGUAGUUGGCAUGUCUCCACAAAGUCUUGCUCAGGAGAAACGGAUCUAAUGGGGGAAUAAUACAUUUUUCAAUCGCACCCAAUUUUUGUCGCUACGUAUAGGAAGCGUCCUCGUGAGGAGAGAUGCUGUGAAAGAAUUCACUUUUGCUUAGGAACAUGCAGUCAGAGCACAAAAAUGGCUGCUUGGUUCUACUAUUUUGUUAAGGGAAUGUGUCACCAGUCUUGGAGGACAGUUUACUAUUGGGACAUAUUUAUGACAAAAAAACAAAACAAAAACAACAACAAACGGCAUUUAAUAUAUUACCUCGUAGGGAUAGUAAUUUUCACAAUAGGGAAUUUGAAUAAUCAAUCAAAUUUAAAUUUGGAAUGAAAGAAGUGAAUGUGAAUGUUCUGAACUCCUGUUUUGUCUUAUCAAAUUGACUAAUGCUGCCUACAGGAGUUACUAUAUCAUCGCUGUAUGGCGAAAACCUCCCACGUCCAAAUUUGACUAAUUUCAUAUUUCUUGCACAAAUCAAUGCUAUUAAUCACUUUCCAUGUGAGUCUGUUAUUUAAAAAUACUGACCAAUUUAAAAUGUAAAUGGCUUGCUCUCUUAGAUGCUGAAGUGAAAAUGGCUCAACAAACAUGCUGUUUUUUUGUUUUCCCUAAAAGUUACGAUUUUGAAUAUGUGAGUUUACUGCCCGAUGAAACCAAUAUUACUGUAUGUGGUGGUAGCUUAACUUCCCUUAGCUCAGUGGUUCCCAAACUAUUUUAGGUAUGCCCCCUUUUUGGAGAUGAAUUUUUCAGCGCCACCCCAGCUUGGAAUUUUUCUAGGGGGACUUGGGAGGGUGUCUCUGAAAAUUUUAAAGCAGGGGUUGAGGCUGCUGGAACACUCCACCCCCAAAACAUUAACAACAGCAGCUGGGUGUAACUUAAUAAUGAAAACUUUUCAUGAUAGUUGAUAGUUGCCCAACCCUUCAUCACGCUACACCCCCCAGUUUGAAAACCAAUGCCCUAGUUGAUGUGAUGUGUUCUUUAGACAUCAGCUCUUAACAAUUAGUCGAAUUACAGUGCUGUGAAAAAGUAUUGUUCCCCUUCUCAAUUUUCUAUAUUUUUGCACAUUUUCCCCACUUUAAUAUUUAAGAUUAUCAACGAAAAAUAAAUAUCAAACAAAUACAGUCCCCUCCAAAAGUAUUGAAACUUCAAGGUCACUUCCUUUGUUAUUGUUGUGUACUAAAGACAUUUGGUUUUGGAUCAAAACAUUAAUUUCAGACAAGUUCAGAAUUCCAGCUUUUAUCUCAAGUAAUUUCCAUUUAUGUGUGUUAAACACCUUAGGACAGAGCACCUUUUGUUGAAAAUUUUCAUGUGAGCAAAAUUAUUGGAAGAGACAUUAUUGAAUUAAAUUGAGGAACAUUUAAUAUUUGAUGGCGUAACUACAGUGGAACCUCGGAGUUUCAACAUAGUUUGUUCAUGUGAGGUGUUCAAAGUCCAAUUUAUUCAACCGCCGAAACAUUGUGUAUGUUUUAUUUCAUACGUUUAAUCCGUUCCCAACCUCCAAAUAGUAAAUUUGCAUAUUAAUUCCUAUUUAUAUGUAAACAUGCACUCCCAGUAUUUAAACAAUGAAAAUGCAUGUUAAUUGACAGCAUAAUAAUUGUAAAAUUAAAAUCAACUUUCAUCUAUAUUAUUUACAGCGAUGUGAUUGCAUCAGUGGAGAGAUGAGGAGGCAGGGAGGGAAGGAGCAAGGGUUAAGCCUUAGAAUUCACUCUGCAUUUCUUUUAUUUGUGGCUUGUUUUGUAACGCUAGUCACUUCUUUAACAACAUUAGCUGCCUUUUAUUAUAUUUUUAUUUUUUAGGAUAGUCAAAAUAGUCGACUUAGUCAUAUGAUACCGGUUAGUAAGAUCCAAAACACACACCCCAUCUUCAUACUUGGUGAUUGCCUUGUUCCUUAAAUCCACUGUUCUUUGCAUAACCUUCCUUUUCCCUCUGCUGCUGGUAGUACUACUGUCCUUCUUUUGUGUCCACAGCAAGGAAACACUGGGGAAAAAUACAAAACUAAUCUUCAAAAGUACUUGCAAAUGUGACGAGUAUUCUCGCUAUGACUCCCUGACCUGAAGUGGCCAGUGGCUUGUCUCUGCAACCUUUCCCAGUGUUUUUGGCAUGUUCGGGCUCCGAGAAUUGAGUCAAACUUGGAGGCAUGUUUUACUCAGAUUUUUUUUGCUUGAAGUCCAAUUUCUGCGAGUCGUUUGAAUUCCAGGUUUCCGCUGUACUGUAUUGCGUUAGUUGGUUCUGUGUGGGAAAAAAAGUGAUUACCCCGCUUCCCCCGCCCACACACACUCAAAAAAUCAAGAAUUAAUACUGUUUUAUCUCAAUUUUUAGUUAAUUUGCACUGAUCACAGCCAAGCCUAUUCAAUCAAGAAAAAAAUAAGUCAGACAAAAGAGCAAAAAAGGUUGCAAAAAAAUGACGUGCUCCAAAGACGUUUUCUGAACAUGCAAGAAAUAAAGUAAUUGACAGUCAAAAUCAAUUUCUAAAGCUUUAGGAUUCCAGCGAAUCAUAGGGAGAGGCAUCAUCUCGCAUGGUAAAAAUAUAGAACAGUAGUAAACCUUCCCAGGAAAGGAAGAUUAAACCAAUAUUAUAAUGAACUGCAGGCCUCCAUUGCCUCAGUUAAGGUCAAUGUUCAUGACACAAUAAUAAGGAAGACACUGGGCAAAAAAUGGCAUCCAUUAAGGUAGAAACCACAGUGCCAUGACCUUAAAUAGACUGUCCAUGCUCAAAACCUCUACUUUUUUGCUGAUAUUAAACAAUUCUGCAAGGAAGAGUGGGAUAGAAUAUCUCCACAGAGAGGUGAAAGCCUUGUUGCUAGUUAUGCGCUUGAUUUGAGUUGCUGCUGAGGAUGGGCCAACCAGUUACCCGGGGGGACCAUGACUUUUUCCACACAUUGCCAGGUAACGUUGAAUUAUUAUUUUCCUGCGUGAAUAAAAUCACAAUUUAAAAACUACAUUUUAGGUUCACAGAUUAUAAUUGAUAUUUACAUUUGUUUGAUGAUCUUAAAGUGGGGAAACUAUGCAAAAAUACAAGAAUUUGAGAUGAACCAAUAGUUUUUCACCACACUUUGUUCUGGCCACUCAAGUAGGAAUUCAGAAUAAGUUCUUAUGAUUGUCCGAUUUACAACUCUUAAUGAUAACAGGGUACCUCAGUUUCAGUAGAAUGCAAGAGGACUUCAAUCUUCCAGUUUUCUCCAUUCAGGGCUGUUUUUCCUCCCCUCUCUGGGUUCAUAUAAAACCUUCUGCUUUGACAAAUGGAAAAACAACGUUACUGCAUCAACCAUAAUCGCAGAUGCUCUGUAAAGGGUGGGGCAUUAUAUGAUGUGAUUUGAAGGCUUUCUUGAUUAAAAACUUUUUGCUCCUCA